AAACAUGACUUGCUCACCAAGAAUAUUGAUGCAAUACCGUUUGGGUUAUUGGGAGCCCAGAAUAUUGAUGCGGUCCAUGAGCGCCAGUCAGAAUUGUUUCGGCCCAAGCGUCACGGCCCACGGGUUUAGAGGUUGAGCCCAUCUUUAUAACAAACGGGCGCAGAAGGCGACGUGUCACCUACCGCAUCCACCGAAUUUCCUUCCCACUUUUUCUCUACUAGGAGCGUGCUCUCCACAAGUUCAGCAGCAGCAGCCUCUCAUUUUCUCCUCCCCCUACUUCCAUCGAUUCCUUCCUUCGUCUUCCAUGGCUGCGAUUGCGACCUCGGUAAGCGCUAGCUUCUGCUACUCCUCGAGAAUCGACGGCUAUAAGCCCGUCUCCACCGCCGCCGCGGUGCCGAUGCGCCGCCGGCGGGUCGUGUCGGUGAGAGCGGAGGCUCAGGCGAUUAACCCUGAGAUCAGGAAGAGCGAGGAGAAGGUCGUGGAUUCUGUCGAGGUUGCGGAGCUGGCCAAGCCCCUGACCGCCUACUGCAGGUGUUGGAGGUCGGGGACUUUCCCACUGUGUGAUGGGAGCCAUGUGAAGCACAACAAAGCGACCGGCGACAAUGUUGGGCCUCUGCUCUUGAAGAAGCCGAAACAGUAGGCUGUUUCGAUUCUGCUGAUGGAUUCGGGAGUUCCAUACUGAUUUCCUGUGAGUGAGGACUGAGAAAUUACUUACAACAUAUGACUAUGAAUAUCGAUUUGUUGCUGGUAAUGUUGUAGCUUGUUAAUGAAAAUGCUGCCUUGGGUUCCAACGUAGUUGAGCAUAUUUAUCCUCUUUUGAGUUCUGUCAAAUGGGGGUGUAGGGAUGAGUCCUGUGAACUCUUUUAGUGAAUGCUUUGGCUUGUUGCAGAGUGCUCUGCUAUUUUCUUCGCUCGUCUCCUACACCACACAGUCUAUGUAAUUGAUGCAAGUAUCCAAUUGUGAACAUGGGUACUCAAAAGUUAAGAAACUUGUUUGUUGGCCUUCCUUGAAUUUGAAGGGACAGGGAGAGAGAAAGGAGAUACCAACAAGUUUCUUCUUGUUCAUGUGUGGGUGGGCUUCGGUUUCAAGAGCUUUUCAUGGUUUGCCCCAUGGACCUUUUAGCCCCAUUCCCAUAGAGUGGACCUUACUAGAUAGGGGAAUGGAUUUGACUUGAAGUUGAAAUUGGAUGAAGGAUUUUGGCACAAUUAUUAUGUAUUUGGAAAGAUAAAAAAAUUCGAGAUUGGAGAUUUUGAAAAUUAUAAAUUGUAAAUUUUUGA